AUGAAGUUCCAGUCGUUGGCUAUUGCUGCUUUCAUCUGCACCGUCGCAGCAACGCCGGUCCCCAACCGAUUGGAAGCACGCCAAACUGAUGAGUCUGAUGAGUUGGUGAACGGAGCUUGCAAAGCGGUGACUUUCAUCUUCGCUCGUGGUUCCACUGAAUCUGGUAACAUGGGAACAAUCGUUGGCCCCCAAGUAUGCUCUGACUUGAAGACUACCCUUGGUGCAGAUGUUGUUGCUUGCCAGGGCGUCGGAUCGCCAUAUGAUGCUACGUUGGCAGACAACUUCUUGCCUCAGAACACCAGUCCCACCGAUAUUGGAGCAGCGACCACUCUCUUCGACUUGGCAAAUUCCAAGUGCCCAGACACCAAGAUUGUAGCUGGUGGAUACAGUCAAGGAACGGCAGUCAUGGAUGGAUCUAUCCAAGCCCUCCCUGCUGCUAUCAUGUCUCAAGUCAAAGGUGUCGUUCUCUUCGGCUUUACACGUAACGCGCAGGAUGGUGGUAGGAUCCCAAAUUAUCCCACCAGCCAGACUAAGGUCUACUGUGCGGUUGGCGAUUUGGUUUGUGAUGACAGUCUGGUUAUUACGGCCGCACAUUUGACUUAUGGUGUCGAUGCACCAGACGCUGCUUCUUUCCUUUCUGGGCUGGUGCAGUAA